UUUUGGAGAAAUGGGAGCAGCCGAGGCAGACCGAACACUGUUUGUGGGUAAUUUGGACCCGAGAGCCACAGAGGAACUGCUGUUCGAGUUAUUUUUGCAGGCAGGUCCUGCAAUCAGUGUUAAAAUCCCCAAGGAUAAAGAUGGAAAACCAAAACAAUUUGCUUUUGUGAAUUUCAAACACGAAGAAUCUGUUCCCUAUGGAAUGAGUCUGCUAAAUGGAAUCAAGCUUUUUGGAAGGCCUCUCAAAAUACAAUACAGAUCAGGAAGUAAACAUAUUCCACAGGAUGGCAAUAAUUCUCCUCAUUCAAUACACACAAAUGGAAAUGGGAGUCCAACUGGUGCAUCACCAAAUGGAAGCAGGUAUGACAGAAAUGGAGAUUACAUAAAAUCCCCUGGACACUCUCCUGUUCAAAAUUUACAGAGAUCAUUUUCUUCACCAGAUAACCUUCAGAGACAAGCAGUGAUAAACAGUUUUAUGUGGCAGCAGUCUCAGUAUGGAACAGGAUCACAAGCACAGUCACAAUCAAGCUUCUCUCCGCCUUCAUCUCAAAUGUAUUAUAAUCAGUACAGCCAAAGUUCCCAGCAGCCUUCAAGGCGAUAUGAUUCUUCUGCCCAGCGCAAAGACAGAGUGCAUGGCUCUCAUCCAUAUAUGAGUGAUGGCCACCAUUACAGCCGGGAAACACACUACAGGGGCCAUCAAGAAGAGUACUAUUAUGAAGACAGAGGUUAUGACAACAGGCGGCGUUCUUCUAGACACUGAGUUUGAAAGAAGAUAUAUUUCAGUUUUGCUUUACAUGAAACAUGUUCUAACAUGUUUCAUACUUAACUGGAGGCAAUGAAAAUUUGGUUUUAUUUUGCUAACCCCCAAUCCUUUUAAACUUUUUUAACAAAAUAUUAUUUUUAAAAACCUGCAUUACCGGUGACAAUAUUCCAUCUUCUAGUCUGUUUGAUAAUUAAGCUCUCAAAAAAAAAAAAAAA